AUGCAACCACUUCACUUGCCUUCUCGCCUAUCUGUCCACACUCUUCUACAAUGUGCCUACCGGCCCUUCUCCAACGAUCCCGCCCCGCCAAUUCCUCCCGUCUCCCCGACCUCCCAACAUCAUGACCUCCCUUCAUUCCUGGACUACGCUGCUCGAACUUCUCUUGACCGGACAAGUACCACGUACAUCGGUACGCAUUACGAGUAUACCGUUCUUCAAACCCUCCGCCGCUGGGCUCUCGAUCUAACCCGCAUAGGCGGCCGGAUGGACUCUGGGAUAGAUCUGGUGGGCACCUGGCAUUUGCCGGACUCAAACUCACAACCGCUACGCGUCAUCGUGCAAUGCAAAGCUUCGAAAAACAAAGUAGGCCCGAACAUAGUACGAGAACUAGAGGGGACUUUUGCCGGAGCACCGGUGGGAUGGCGUGGCCAGGGAAUACUGGGUAUGCUUGUUAGCUCAAGGGAGUCUACCAAGGGCCUGCGGACUGCGCUGUUGAAGAGUAGAUAUCCGCUGGUAUGGAUUUUCGCGGAACUAGACGGCCGUGUGCGGCAGAUUUUGUGGAAUAAACAGGCGAGUGAUGCAGGUUUGGAGGCGUUAGGAGCUGAAGUUCAGCAUUUUGAGGAUGGCGAGGACAAGACCGUGUCUUUAACCUGGAAUGGAGAGGCAAUUAAGGGUUUCUGA